AUGAAUUUCCUUUUACUCCUCUUUGUCGUGUUUUUUGCGCCUCUCCUUCUACUCCUAGGGAGGAGCCUUCGCUCUCGUUUCACGCAGAACUCACUAAGAGAGGGCAUGGAUGCCUACGGAAGGGACUAUCUCCGAGGCAUGGCUGGCUCUGGGCCUGCCAUGUCUGAACAGAUCGAACUGGAGGAUAUGCUGAGAGAUUCGGACCAUGAAGAAUGA